GAGAUGCUCCGAAGACGUGGAGGACCGAAUGAGUUACGGGAUGAAUUAAACAAUUCAAAAAACCAACCAGAAGAUGAUCAGAGAACGAAAAGAGGAAGAGAGUCGAUUGGAUUCAGACAUUGGAUCUACUUCGUUCUCACUGUAGCUAUCGUCUAUGCUGGAGUUGUUGCUUUACACAGAAAGAUGCCGGCAGUACGAGAUGGAACAUCUUUCGAAGAUUUCAGUGAACAAAGAGCUCGUGUAUUGCUUAAACAACUCACUGCUCUCGGAUCCCGUCCCAGUGGAUCGGACAAUCUAGAAGUAAAAGCCUUUGGAAUGAUCCAAGAUCGUAUUGGAAAAAUCCAUUCAGUUGUUGAUGAAGUUGGUGUGAAUCGUCUCGAAUCAGAUGUUCAACGUCCAUCUGGAUGUUUUGAUUUGAAAUUUCUGAGUUCCUUCACUCUCUGCUAUCACAAGAUCACAAACGUCGUUGUGAGAAUUGGUCCGAAGAAGGGACCAUCUGGAAAUUCUUUGCUUCUCAAUUGUCAUUUCGAUACGAUGCCAGAUACUCCAGGUGCCACUGAUGAUGCAGUUGCUUGCACAAUUAUGAUGGAUGUACUCGAAGUUUUGGCUCAUUCCAAAACUGAACUUGAAAAUGAUGUAGUAUUCCUGUUCAAUGGUGCUGAAGAGAACUUUCUACAAGCUGCUCAUGGAUUCAUUAAUCAACAUCCUUGGCGUCAUGACAUUCGAGCCUUCAUUAAUUUGGAAGGUACUGGAUCUGGAGGUCGUGAAAUUCUAUUCCAAGCAGGGCCAGGAAACUCGUGGCUUCUUCAAACAUACUUGGAAAAUGCGCCACACCCAUUCUGCUCCGUUCUUGCUCAAGAAAUUUUCCAAUCCGGAAUAAUCCCAUCUGACACAGACUUCCGUAUUUUCCGGGAUUACGGUCGUAUCUCUGGACUCGAUAUCGCAUAUACUAAAAAUGGAUGGUUCUAUCACACAGAAUUCGACGAGGAAUGGCGUAUUGAACCUGGAGCAAUUCAAAGAGCUGGUGAAAAUGUUCUUGCAGUUGUACGAGCAAUUCUCAAAUCUCCAUAUCUUGAAAAACCAGCAACAUUUGAUGAAGAAAACAGAUGGGUUUUCUAUGAUGUCGUCGGACUUUUCACUGUAUACUACAGUGUUAAUGUUGGAAAACUUCUAAACUACAUUGCAUGCUUUGCAACAUACUUCCUAGUUGUUCUUCGCAUCAGAAAUCGAUUAUAUUCAGUUGGAGAUUUGGCUAUCGCAUUCAAACAUCAUGUUGUGGCAUUCCUUGCAAUGGUAAUUACAAUGCUUCUUAUCAUUGCAUUCGUUGUGCAGAUGGAUCUUGUUAUGUGUUGGUACAAAAUGCCUGAAAUCGUCGGAGCUCUUUAUGUACUUCCAAUGCUUAUUGCUGGAGCAAUCGUUCAUUCUCAUUAUGCCGACAACAAUCGUAUUCGGAAUGUAGAAAUGGUUCAAUAUGAUACUAUUCUACUAUCUUUUGCAUCCAUAUUGUUCUUAAUGACAUUUUACAACUUGUCAUCUGCAUUCUAUGUGCUCAAUAACCUGAUCCUUCCUGUCUUCAAAGAUAUCAUAAUCUGGGCGCUCGGACUGUUUGGUGUUAUUCGACGUGUUACACCACGGGUGCUAUUCUUCACUCAACUCUUCUGCUUCCUGCCUACAUUUGUGUUUGCCGCCUAUGCCAUCAGCCAAUGUGUUGACUUCUUUGUUCCAGUAAUGGGAAGACUCGGAAACGCGAUCAAUCCUGAGUUUAUUAUGGGCCCACUGGGGCUUGUGAUUGCAUCCGGAUUCAUUCUUUUCGUCAACAAUCUUUUCUACAUCUCAAGACGAAUGAACUACAUCAUCCGACUCUUGUUCGCUAUUUUUGCACUCUUUAUCCUCGUUUUAAUAACCACUAAAGUCGGAAAUCCAUACGAGUACUCACAUGAAAAUCCACGCCUCCGUCGAAUCAUUGCCCUCCAUGCCAAUCGUACGAUCUACGAUUUCGAAGGACAUUUAACACAAAAGGACAAUGCUCUUUUCGUUCAUUCACUCGACUACAGAGGUGCAUCCGAUCUCCCUGAUCAUUCAUUUUUGCAAGGAAGUUCUGCACCAAAUUGCACAGGAGUUGUCGAUGAGUACUGUCGUAUGCCAUAUUAUACAGCUAUUCACGAGCUGUUUCCACCAGAGCAAUCCCUUUGGGUUCCUGUCCCAUCACCCGUAGUGCUUCCAUAUCCAAUUGAUUUGAAGCUUGUCUCACGUCAUGCUAUGGGCGAAAACUUGAAUCUAACAUUUGAGAUUCGUGGUGGAUAUGAUAAGAUGUCUCUUCACGUAACUCCUCUCAAUGAUUAUGAUCUUCUUUCCUGGUCCUUCACUGAUAUUGAUAUCAAAGAAUUUGGUCGUAGACAGACUUAUUUCGUUUUCAUGACCUAUGGACAUGAAGCUCCAGAAGUUCGUAGAUUCUGGAUUCUAUUGAAAAAUAAAAAUGGAGUGGCUCCUGAUCCGGAGAAGCAUGAGAACAUAGAGCUAUCCGUUGCAACACACUAUGCUCACGGAAUCUAUCAGGAUACUGAAACAUUGAGGCAAUUGAGAGCAAUGAUUUCAUCAAGAAGACAGACACCAGAGCAAGCUGUUGGAUGGUGGAGAUGGGGCAUCACAAUGGUCGGCGGACGCUCCGAGAUCGUUGUUAAGAUUUUCUAAGAACCGACGUUUUAUGCAAAUUUUUUUUUAAUUUCCAGCUACUAUUGAUAACAUUUUUCCCAGUCUUACCCGUUUUCUUUGUGAUUCUCAACAACCACAUUUCUCUGCUAACUUUCUUGUUUCCAAAUUUUAAGACAUUCCUUCCUUUCACUCUCGUUUUUUUGUAUCCUUCAAUUUCUGCCUGACUAUGGGUGUAGCAUUUUCUUGUCUUCAUUGCUUUCAAUCAAACUACCAAAUUAUGAAAUAUAAU